AUGGAGAAAAGCUUCAAAGUUAUAGUAAUCGGUGGAGGUCCCAUUGGACUGACGGCUGCACACGCACUUCACCUCGCUGGCAUUGACUUUGUCGUCCUAGAACGCAGACCGGCCAUUGUCGAGGAUAAAGGCGCUAGUCUAAUUGUUUACCCUCAUACAUUGAGGGUCAUGCAUCAAUUUGGCAUUUUGGACGAAUUAUUAAACAUUGGCGGCGAAAUGCACCACCAUUUGUCUUUCACCACAGACGGACAUGUGUUCAAAGAAGGCCCACGGUAUGUUCGGGUACGAGAGAACCAUGGUUAUGGACCUGUUGCUUUUCAUCGCGCUCAGUUGAUUGAAACCUUGUACAAUUGCCUACCCACGGCCGCGAAAGAAAAGGUGUUGACCAACAAGAAACUAGUCGACAUCGAAUCAAACACAACCGGUGUGAAAGUGACGUGUGCCGAUGGCAGCAUUUAUAAUGGAUCCAUCGUCAUAGGCUGUGAUGGCGUUCACAGCAAAACGCGACAUAUAAUGCGCGAGCUUGCUCUCAAGGACGAUCCAUCACGACCUUGGGACUCUGAAAACCCGUUCACAGCGACUUACCAGCUCCUGUUUGGAGCUUUUCAUACACCUUCUGCGUCGGGACUAGGAUAUGACAUUCAAACACGGGAUAAAGCCAUCAUGUAUAUCAGUGGGCCUGAACGUGCGUGGUUUUUCCUAUAUAAACGACUGCCGAAGCCUACCAGUGAGCACAGCAGUUACACCGAACAAGACGGUGAAGCUCUGGCUGGGGAGUUUGCGGAAUUCCCUCUGACCCGGACUACCAAGGUAAAGGAUGUCUGGCCACGAAUGCUGGGAAAGGGGAUGACAAACCUUGAAGAGGGCAUCGUGCAGCACUGGAGUUUGGGGAGAAUCGUGCUGGCGGGGGAUGCAUGCCACAAGCUGACGACUCAUCUCGGCCUUGGCUUCAACAACGGUAUUCAAGAUGUUGUGAUACUCUGUAACCAUCUUCGAGAAGCCGUGCGCGCAGCGCCUAACGGAAACCCGGAUGCACCUGCUCUCUCGCAAGUGUUUGAGAGAUACGAGGCCAUUCGAAAAAGCCCAGCAUGCUCCCUCGUGGAUGACCUGACAAACUCGGGAAUGGAGACGCGUAUGCACACUUGGGCAAACUCGAUAUACUAUGUGCUUUCUCGAUAUUUGAUCAUUCCAGAUUUUGUGGAAGACCUGUUUUUGAAGUAUGUUAUGGCGCCUCAAAUACGGAAAGGGCAGAUUUUGGACUAUAUUCAAACGGAAGAACCGAUGAAAGGCAAGAUCAGCUGGCUGCAUCCCUUAUCCUCUUCUGGUUCAAAAUGA